AUGAACACCGACUCCCAGGCCAACAGUGUGCGCUCCGGCAGUAAAGUACCUGACCGCGGCCCUGCCUCCUUCGCAGUCUCAGUCGCCACAUUGACGGCCGCCUCAGCUUUCGUCGUCGCCCGGCUCGUCUCACGGUAUUUUAUUGUCCGCUGCGUCCGCUGGGAUGAUUUCAUCAUGAUCCUCGCCUGGCUGAUUGCCGUCUUCCUCACCUUUACCAUCGCUUUCGGCACGGCUCACGGCCUCGGACAAUAUGAUAAAGAUAUCAGGGCUGACCAGCGGAGCGUACUUCGCCGGUGCGAGUACGUCUUCAGCAUAUUAUACAACCCUGCUCUCAUGGCUACCAAGACGUCUGUCCUCGUGUUUUAUCUUCGCCUCUUCAGAAACACACAGUUCGUACUCAAAUAUUGGAGUUGGACCCUCUUAGUCAUCGUUAACCUUUCCGGCACCAUUCUGACCUUGAUCAACAUUUUUCGUGAGAUCCCCUGGAACACCUUUUCUCCUCUCGCGCAUGUACCCGCCUGUGCCAUCGCAGAAUGUUCCCCCGUCGAAGCCGCCUGGAAUCCUCUAUAUCAAGGAAAAAUCAGAUGCGUGCCGCUCCUCACCGAGUUUAUCUGCUCAUCGCCCAUCAACAUCAUCACCAACCUAUGUCUACUCUUCCUUCCCAUCCCCGUCCUUACCCAGAUGCGGCUCCCGGCACGGCAAAAGAUUGCGGUUGUGUGCUUAUUUAGCCUUGGUAUCUUCAUCACCAUCGUCGAUGUUGUUAGAAUCUACUUCUUGCAAUCAGCCGUAUCCGAUGUGCCCACAUCUAUCUCCUCUGGGGCCAACACAACUUUUGGCGGCCAGACUGACUUUGCUUGGAAUGCGUCCCUUUCAUUCAUGUGGAGUGCCGUCGAGGUCAAUGUCGGCAUCAUCUGCGCUUGUAUCCCCACGCUCAAGCCUCUCAUCCUCAAGCUCCUCCCCGCCAUGCUUUACGACCCCGAUGGUAGCAGAUCGACGCUGUCUAAGCAACGCGAGGGUGACCCAACAAACUCGAGGACCGAACAGCCUGUCUCUUCUCCUCCCGCUGUCGUCCUGCCUGAUCAACCCGCCCAUGAUGUCCCCGAGGAGCCCGCGUGGCUCCGCACACAAUUCAUCACGACACCCGACAUGCUCGCUUCGGGCGGCGAAGGAGGAGAUUACCAAGACGCUGGCGGGGAUCUCGCUCGUGUUAGUACGACGGGAGGGAGCUUGGCUGAAAAUGCUGUCUACUUCGGCUUUGUCAACAUGACCAAGCCUAAGAGUAUGAUCAAGACAUCUGGCGCCGAAUCGUUCAAGUACUGCAGCGUCGUCACCAUCCUCUUCCUCCUUUGGGGACUAUCAUAUGGCCUACUCAACACACUCAACAACGCCGUGGCAGGCAUCAACGACUUCUCGUCGGCGGAGACGCUGGGUCUCACCAGUGCCUACUUUGGCGGCGGGUAUCUACUGGGUCCUCUGCUGGUGGGUGAGUGGAUCCUGCGCCGCGACGAGCACAACCGGUCGUAUCGGCACAAGAAGAACGAGAUGGAGCACGUCGGUGGAUUCAAGGUAACAUUCAUCGUUGGGUUGACCAUUUACGGCAUCGGGACCAUCAUUUUCUGGCCGUCGGCUGUCACCGGGUCGUACGGUGGCUUCAUGGUAUCCAACUUCAUCGUCGGCUUCGGACUCAGCGUUCUCGAAGUGGCGGCGAACAGCUUUGUCUUCCUAUGCGGCCCGCUGGCGUACGGCGAAUCGCGCCUCCUCCUGGCCCAGGCUGUCCAGGGCACCGGCAGCGUCCUUUCGGGACUCCUUGCCAAUAAGGUCUUCUUCACCCACAUUGAUCACCGGGGCAACAACUCGAGCACAACGCUCAUAAACGUUCAGUGGACGUACCUGGCCAUCACCUUCCUCUGCACCGGCCUCGCCUUAUUCUUCUACUACAUGCCGCUCCCUGAGGUCGGCGAUAAGGAGCUGGAAGAAUCGGCCAAGACGCUCCCCGUCGACUCGCAGAAGCGGACGCCGUUCUUUGGGUUGCAGCUGCGCACCAUCAGCCUCAUCCUCGCUGUCGUGUGCCAGUACCUAUAUGUGGCCGCCCAGGAGAGCAACAGCAUCUACUACCGUGACCUGCUCAUCCCCAUCCUGCCUACGCAUGCCGACUCGGGCGAGACAGCCACCCAAAGAAGAUCGGGCCUCUCCGUCCAGGACUACCUCCUCCUAGGCCACACAGCCUUUGCCGUAUCACGCUACCUAUUUGCCCUCCUGACAUAUCUGGCUGUGUCGCGCCCGCGGCUGCCCCGUCCGCACACCCUGCUUACCAUCUCUCUGGCGCUGUCCUUCCUCUUCAGUCUGCUGCCCGUCGUCGUUGACACGUCUCGAGCCUACCAAGUCGUCAUCCCCAUCAUGCUCCUCUUCUUCGCCGAGGGCCCUGUAUGGCCUCUCAUCUUCGCUAUAGGUUUACGCGGACAGGGCCGACGUACCAAGCGCGCCGCUGCCUUCAUCACUAUGGGCGGCUCGGGAGGCGGCGUUGUGCCCUUCAUCAUGUACGGAAUCAUCGCCACGGGCGGCUCAGUCCAGAUAAGCUACGUCGUCAUCAUUGUCCUGCAGGUGCUCAUGAUGGCGUACCCCAUCUUCCUGGAGGCCGCACGUGACGCCCGGGCCAUGGCCGACCCCAACGAGAGCUCGUCACACGCUGGGUCUGAGGGUAACGGAGAUGGACAACGCCAGAACUCCCCUGCAAUGGACGAGGUCAUCUUCAACCGAAUGACGACCGAGCACACGCAGCCGCCGUCAUCUCUCGAAAGACACUCGUUCCGACCACGCUUCCUUGGCAAGGUAGUUUCCAAGCUACCACGGAGUCCGAAACCCAGGUCGAAAUCGAGUUCACCUAUAGCUGAGGUGAAUCAUGAUGAGCAGCAGAAUAGCGUUUGA